AUGUCUGAGAAGGGAGCCUUCGACACCAACGUGCUGACCCUCACCAGGUUUGUCCUGGAGGAGGGCAGAAAGGCCCACGGAACCGGUGAGCUCACCAAUCUGCUCAACUCCAUCUGCACGGCCGUCAAAGCAAUUUCCACCGCCGUCAGAAAGGCCGGCAUCGCUAAUCUGUACGGUAUCGCCGGCAGCACGAAUGUGACGGGCGACCAGGUGAAGAAGCUGGACGUCUUGUCCAACGACUUGGUCAUCAACAUGAUCAAGUCGUCCUUCACCUCCUGUGUGUUGGUGUCUGAAGAAGACGAACAAGCCAUCGUGGUCGAAUCGGACAAGAGCGGCAAAUACAUCGUGUGCUUUGACCCGCUGGACGGUUCUUCAAACAUCGACUGUCUUGUAUCCAUCGGUACCAUCUUUGCCAUCUACAGGAAGACUACAGACAAUGAACCAAGUGAGAAAGACGCCCUUCAGCCGGGGAGGAACCUGGUAGCUGCUGGUUAUGCUCUGUAUGGUAGCGCCACCAUGAUGGUUUUGUCUACCGGACAAGGAGUGAACUGCUUCAUGCUCGACCCUGCCAUCGGGGAGUUCAUCCUGGUGGACCGAGAUGUGAAGAUCAAGAAAAAGGGGAAAAUCUACAGCUUGAACGAGGGAUAUGCGCAGCAUUUUUACCCUGAUGUGACGGAAUACAUCCAGAAGAAAAAGUACCCAGAGGAUGGCUCCGCUCCAUAUGGCAGCCGCUACGUCGGCUCCAUGGUGGCUGACGUCCAUCGCACGCUGGUGUACGGCGGCAUCUUUUUGUAUCCCGCCAAUGUGAAGAGUCCAAAGGGGAAGCUGCGGUUGCUUUAUGAGUGCAACCCCAUGGCCUUCAUCAUGGAGCAGGCGGGCGGCAUGGCCACAACGGGGGCCUGCAACGUUCUGGACAUCCAGCCUACUAACAUCCACCAGAGGGUCCCCGUGGUGCUGGGCUCACCUGAUGACGUGACGGAGUACCUCGCCAUCUAUAAGAAGCAUCACAAAUGA